AGAAACCGGCCGACGACUGACCUGUCUUCCUCCUCUUGUCUUGGCUCUUGACAGGUUCAGGCUUACUUUUUGGUUGUUGUUGACUCUCAGUAGCCACAUUUGGCUGUAUUAGAUAGGAAUGGACUACGAAUUCAAGCAGCAGACCUCUCAGGUGCGGGAGUCCGUGGAAGACCUCUUCGACUUCGAGGGGUGCAAAGUUGGCAGGGGAACUUACGGGCAUGUCUACAAGGCCACCACCAAGAAAGAACCCAAGAAGGAAUAUGCCCUGAAGCAGAUAGAAGGCACAGGAAUAUCCAUGUCUGCAUGUAGGGAAGUAGCUUUACUCAGGGAAUUACGUCAUCCGAAUGUGAUCUGUCUACGAAGGGUCUUCCUCUCUCACAGCGAUAGAAAGGUGUACCUGCUUUGUGACUUCUCAGAACAUGACCUAUGGCAUAUCAUCAAGUACCAUCGGGCAAACAAAGCAAGCAAGAAGGGUCCUACAUCAGUGCCGCCCAUCAUGGUCAAGUCUCUCCUCUAUCAGAUCCUUGACGGAAUCCAUUAUCUUCAUUCUAACUGGGUGUUACAUCGGGAUCUUAAACCAGCUAAUAUUCUUGUAAUGGGUGAAGGUCCUGAGAGAGGAAGAGUAAAAAUAGCUGACAUGGGUUUUGCAAGGUUAUUCAACUCGCCUCUCAAACCCUUAGCCGACCUUGACCCCGUGGUGGUGACCUUCUGGUACAGAGCACCAGAGCUUCUACUAGGGGCCAGGCACUACACAAAAGCAAUAGAUAUAUGGGCCAUAGGCUGUAUAUUUGCAGAAUUACUAACUUCUGAACCCAUCUUCCACUGCCGUCAAGAAGAUAUUAAAACCAGCAACCCUUAUCAUCACGAUCAACUAGACAGAAUAUUCAAUGUCAUGGGCUUCCCUCAAGAGAAAGAUUGGGAGGAUAUCAAGAAGAUGCCUGAACACGGUAAUUUGAUGAAAGAUUUCAGAAGAUCAAAUUAUGCCAGCUGCUGUUUGCCUAAAUACAUGGACAAACACAAGGUGCCCAAGGACAGCAAAGCAUUCCAACUGUUAUCGAAGCUUCUUACCAUGGACCCCACCAAAAGGAUGACAUCGGAGCAAGCUAUGGAAGACCAGUACUUCAAAGAACAACCACAACACACGGCAGAUGUGUUUGAUGGGAAACCGAUCCCUUACCCUAAAAGAGAAUUUCUCACUGACGAUGACAACGAUGACAAGUCAGACAACAAUAAGAAAUCGUCCUCCAGCCGCAACUCUACCCACCGACAGCGUGUCGCUACCUCCAUGGCGGGCUCCACCUCACAGCAAGGAAGUACGGGGGGAUCUUCAAGCCACGCCCAGGGAGCGAAGCGGCUGAGGGUAGCACCAACCAACACCUCCAGCCAUGGGGGAGCUCAGGCAGGGAUCAUGCCCCAGGAAUACCAGCAACAACAGAGAAUGUCUGGUUAUCAAGGGGGUAACACGACACAAGGAGGGCAGUCUCAGAACAACAAACCUCAACAAGGAAUGAUGUACUCCUCAUCCGGAUCGCAUCACUCCAAUAAGAUGCAGCACGGCCAGCACCACCAACAUCAGCAGCAACAACAACAGCAGCAGCACCACCCGCAACAUCAUCAACCACACCAUCAACAUCAGCAACCGCAUCAUCAAGGACACAACCAACAACGGCAUUAUUGAAGUUAACUUUGAAGGCAUCUAUAGAACACUAAAUUUUUUUGUAACUUCUGAAGGUUUCCAUGAUGAAGAAGAAUAGUGUAGUAGGUUUCAUGGUACACCAUGUAUCUUUCUUGGGCAAUUGAUGGUCCUAAAAAGGACCACCCAAUCUUGAUGUUUCGACAAGUGUGUUCUUGUCGUCCUCAGGAGAAUUUUUUUCUCACUUAAUUGAUGGUGUUGCUCUGAAAAAUAGUGCAGCACACAGAGCUUACCUUAAGAACAGCAGCAACAAAAUCAACAACCUCAUCAUCAAGGACACACCCAGCAAUGGCAUUAUUGAAGUUAUAGAAAACUUGAUAUUUUUUCUUGCUGUAGCUCUGCAAAAUGGUACAACACGUGUAUGCCUUCUUCAGAACAGCAGCAGCAUCAGCAACAUCAUCAACCACAUCAUCAAGACAUCAACAACUGCACCAUCAUAGAAACAACAAACAAAGGCAUUAUUAAUGUUAGCUUUGAAGGAAUCAGUGCAAAGACAGUGAUGUUUUACUUGGGUUGGUGAUGUUGCUCUCCAAAGUGGUGCAAUGCAUGGAGGUCAUCUUCAGAACAGCAGCAACAUCAUCAUUGAUAAAGAUAUCAGCUCCAUUGCCUAUAGGAACUAGAAGGUUCUAGACUGUUAGCAAACUUGAGGCCGGACAUUAUGGCCCGAAUUCACAAAGGUGGUUUAAAAACCCACGGUUGAGUCCAUGGUUUAUGCAGAUUUCCUGUAUAAAUUACGCUUAAUUUAGCGCAUAUCGGGUGCGUGUAUGAAACGUGUCCAAUGAUGAUGCGCGCUUUUGUCUUAGUG